AUGUUCUCAUCAAAUUUUAACAAAGGUCUUUACGGUCCAACUCGGACAAGUGCUCGGACGGAAAUCAAAGACGUCCUUUUGCGCGAUCAUGUGUUACAAAACGGAGAAUGGCACGGCGAUGAUCGGCAGAAGAAUCCGUGGAAAACCUCCUUUUCUAUUUCUUUUGAGGUAGGAUUUAGCCACGUGUCAGUUAUCACUUUCGUAGAAUCUGUUGUUUUUUUUCUACGGAGUAUUAGUUGCUCGUCAGAUUGUAAGGAUCUAGAGAUGUAAGUGAAUAUGUGAGCUUGUAAUGAACUACAGCCGAACCCAGCGGGUCGUCAAGGGUCACCAGACUGGAGAGCCGCAAAAUUAAUUUGGAAAUUAGUGAUCGUGAAUUACUCUAGAAUAGAGAAUACCGUUUACUUUGCCGAUUAUGUACUUAGAAUCAGGCGGGUUAUUUGCUCAUUUCUCUUUUUUCAUCACUCUCGUGUACGCGUUGCAGCCGAAACCUUCGAGUCAUAAUUUGUUUACAGUUUGGAUUCUCGAGUGAUAUGGAUGAUUUGACAUGGACAUAGCUAGCAGUGAAACGAUUGACGAUAAUUUUUUUAAAAGGAAAUUUAGCUUACAAUUAAUUUACAAUUGUUUAAAUCGCGUGUUUUUCCUAGAAACCCAGCGUUGGAAAAAAUGUCAAGCAUGGCAAAGUUAACGUGCGGGUAAGUUGAUUGAAAGACAACAAAGAUUGUAUUGAUAUUAAUUAUUGGAAAGUCUUACUACACAGGCUUGCUAAAUAGAUGUGCAUGACAUUAACUCUUGUUUGAUUGUAACUCAGAUGUUGAUUUGGAGGUGCAUUUCGCCUGAUUUGUAUGCUUCUAAUGCUCUGUUUAUUGUUGCUUUCAUAGAAAUGUCUUUUACUUUUACAAAGAAAUCUAUACUUAAGUUACAUGACUAUGAGGUUUGAUGAAGACUGAAAAUCAUUUAUCUUUUCAAUUCUCUGCUUCCUCUUUCACUUUACGCAGACAAAUGUAACCAGCUUUGUACUGGGCUCAGAGGGGGGUCUCUCACUGGCAACUACAGCAAAGGACUUUGAUAACAAGCUUCAGGGAGCUCCUUUCAAAGCUGCUCCUAGCCAGUCAACCAGCAUUGCUGUAAGUGGGUACAUUUGUUUUUUUGUUUUGGUUGAUAUUUGGAACCGCAUGGAUAACACAUGUUUACAGUGCCUGCUUGGGGUUAGUUAAUAAAAUUAUUCAUACUGAUGUGUCUGUUGUACCUGUAAACAGGAUUUCUCUCCUAAGUACAUGUCUGAUGAAAUAUUUGGAAGGUCUGGAUCAGUUUACAGCAGAACGUUUGCAAAGGUAUGUUGCUAGAGCAAGCCCAUUAUCUGAUUUUUCAUUCUUAAAACAGAUAACAGUAAGUUUUAAAAUUUAUUGAAUCUUUCAAAUAUCUAGUAAUUGAUUACUUAUUUAUCACCUUAACUUCUUUUGAACAUGUUGAUAUGUUUUGUGUAGCUGAGUAUUUCAAGAUGAAGUGAGUAUUGUAAUAUGUAACUGAUUUCAGCUUUUCUAAUUCACAGGGACCCCAGGCACAAGGCUCUAAUGCUAAAAACAGAGCUGAAUGUCAAAAGCUUACCACCCAUCUCAAUACAUCUCAUUUUUAUUUUGGGAGUGAUUUAAAUGGGUGAGUAAUCUGGAGCUAAAUGUUAAAAUGUUUCAGUCUUGAUGAAUUUUUACAACUCAGUUUUCAUUACACAUUUUACAGGUUGUAUUCCUGUUAUCAUGUUUUGUAUAUUAUUGCCAACACUGUUAUAAAUAUGACCACAAUUGCUUUUCAUAUCGUCCUUAUCAGUUUUAUUAUUAUUUGACAACUUUUAUAUGGGUACCAAGGAAGCAGCAAAACUAGAGAGGUGGGAUUUGACAUCAAAGGAUCCUCUGUUGUUAUUAUUUUUUUUUAAUGCAAUGAUCACUCAACAACCUUUUUCUCAUUCACAGAUAUGGCACAGAGACAAGGCACUCAUUUGAGAAGAAGUUGGAACAUUCUGCCAAGGAACCUGGCCCAAGCACAAACCUGGCUUCCAAAACAGCUCAGGAGACUUACAAAUCAAGUGCUUUUAGACACGGUGAUUGGAAUGUGGCUGAACCUCACUUUAUAAAACAUUCAGUGACAUGUAAUGACUUCCAUAUCAAACCCUUUACAACAAGCCACAAUGUUGGAUCAAAAGAUACUAAAGGACAAAAACAGGAAAAAGAUGAGUUAGAAUACACUGAAUCCAAAGUACCUUCCAUCAGCCCAAAAGGUAUUAAUCAAAAGACUUCCAACGUACUUUGUCUUCGUUGCAUAUACUCUCAGAAGGAUGUGAGGAACAGCUGAGAAACAAUUGAUUUUUGUGGCCUUUGAUAAAAAUUAAACCUCAUGUUUUAUUUUUGGAAUGAAUACAAAUAUCAAGCCCUUGCAGUCCUAUGUGUUACCAUGAUGUGUUUAUUUAUUCUUACAGACAAUCCUAGCCAUCCUUAUUAUCAGCGCAGCACUCACUUUGUGGUAAGUCUCACCAAUGAACAAUCUGUCAUUUAAAAGGUAAAACUGUAUCCCUUGCUUUAUUUGUUAUGGAUCCGAAAUGAUGUUAAUGUUGGUAAAUGCAAAUUCAUGACAUUUACCCUAACAAGAAUCUUUACCCUAGAAGCUAGUUUUGCAAGAAUAUUUGACCCAAGACACUUACAGAGUAUGUAGAGAUGUACAGCAAUCAUACAGGUGAAUGUAACAUUCAUAACAAGCAUGUUGAUCAGCAGUACCCUUUAAAAUACCUACUGUGUAAAUUGCUUUUCUUUUAUGCUUGCAGUUAGGAACCAACACAGAUGAUAGAAGUUCACUUCAUCAGAAAGGUAACAUUGAACAUGUAAACACUGUGGGCUUUAUUCUUUUGCCAGUGGAUCUUACUCAGAAGUACUCCAUCCCUUUUCACUCUUUUAUCCCUAGGAGUGUCCACAAAAGAACUUCUUCUUUUACUUUCAAUAUAUUUUUUAAGCCAAAAGUGAUGAGAAGAAACAAAGAUACUGUAUCAGCCAGGGGAUACAAUGUUUGAUUUAAAGCCAAACUAUCAAAGGUUAUAGAUUAUAAAUAAUGUAUGACUGACAGUCUGGGGAAUUGUUCUUAAUUUUACAUCUUGGGGGUAAAAUGGUGGAUGUAUAUCAGUGAACAGUUUUUAUUGUUAUCCUCGUAAAAUGUGAGAAACAUGUAAUAAAUUAUUCACAUGAUGUUUUGUCCAAAUUACUUUUUGACCCUUAGAUUUUAUUCUUAGUAAGCGAGAGUGCUUGAUAAAACCACCAGCAGCUCCUCCUCCAAUCUCUUCCAAGGUGAUUAACAGAACAUGUUUAACUUACUUACAAGAUGUUAUGUUCCCUGAAGCGAUUGAGAUCAUAUACAACCUUGCAAUCUUCAAUUGAAAAUCAAUAAAUAGCUCCUUCAGUUCAUUCUUACACACAGUGUGGAUGAAUUAGAGAUUAGGGUUUAUGUUUUCUUUUUCUGGAAAAAAAAGGAAUAUUCAUCAUUAUCAUUUCAUUAAUUUCAAUUGUCACACAAACUUAGCACAUUUUUUAAUACAUACAAUAGCAAAACUUAAAUCUAUAGGUUCUUUUUAGCUGCAUGUUUUAAUACAGUAGUUACCAUGAGGAAAAGAUAGCUGUUGACCUUAAUUCAUAUAUUCCUUUCUCCCCACUCAUGACCAGGUUCUUCCAAACCUGGAGGACUGUAGGCCCUCUUGUUCAACACAUACAGCAGAUUUCACUGACCACAAGAUUCAAAUCACUCAAAUUAGUCAGGUAUUUGUAAUUGCAUUGUCAUCAGGUGAUCGACAUUGUACUGUUUGUACUGUUUAGAUAGAGCAUCUUGUCAUGGUCAUCCCCCAUGGAUUAUGUGCCAAGUUUUCUUGUCUUUUGGUUACAAUUACAGUCUCAGUUUGUUUCUUUUUAUUUACUGGCAGGGAAGGGCUGCUGAGACAAAACUUAAUAGGGCACGUCACAAUACACUUGCUGUUGUCUUAUCAUGUGAUGCACAAUGUCAUGCUGGUGACAGACAGGCAUCAAGUAAGUCCCUUAAAUGGUAAAUUUACCACUUCCUUUCAAGAAAUUUCUGUCUCUCAAAGUGGUUAAAGAACUAAAUGUUAUUCUCAGUCAGUAAUAAGCAUCCAUUUGAUGAUAGACAGUUGUGUGUGUUAUGCGUUUAUCUAUAUUUAUUAGAAUAAACUGCAGUGUUUAAUUUGACCUCUUCAUCAUUUGGCACUCUAGUGACAGGGAGUGGUUACUUACAUCCACCAAAGGACCAUCCAUAUCUCAGCCCCCAGAAGGAAAAAAAUAGUAGAUAUCGAUACUUGGACAGUGAUGGAGCCCUUCUCAGAGCACCAGAGUGGCCUUCACCAUCAGAGACAAAGGUUUAGUUUCAUUUCUUAUACAUGUUAGAAGUGUCAUGUCAGUACUGAUGAUUAAGUUCCUGAAAUGAAGUCCAAAUGUCUGACUUAUUUUCAUUUUGUUUUGUUCAGGAGGAAUUUAUUCCCAUUGAAGAGCUGGCUACGGGCAAUGGAGCAGCCAAACUAAAGCAGAAAAAAGAUGAUUGCCUUGAGAGAAUUACAGAUAACAGGAAAACACAUUUUCAGUUUGGCUCAGAUAAUAAACAUAGACACACAGAACAGGUAAUUAAAUUCUAUAUCCAUGAAAACAUAACAUUAUGCUUGCCUCAAAAUUCAAACAAAAUGCUAUUGGGAAAUGUAUAAAUGUCUAAAUAAUUAAGUGAUGUGAGUCAGCAAAUUUUUGCCGUGUACAUCUUAUCCCAUGUAAAGAGCAGUAUAUUUUAUUACAAAAUUGAAGUAGUUUAAUAUCAAUGAAUUUAUAAUAAACCUUGCUUUUUCUCAGCACGACCAGUUCUUAUCGUCUCUGCAACUUGAUCCAGCCCUUCCAGCUGCAGGGAAGAGUGAAGGACCUGAACAGAAAUACUCCCAUGUAUACCCAAGGUUAGAGAGUUAAGCAUUUUUCAUGUCAAAUGAUGUAUAUAUUUUUGGUCUGCAAUGUUUUUAUUUCUUUGGGUUUUCCUUAGUGAAACAACACAGCAGGGAAGGCAUCGAGUAUCAGAGCCUCUCCCUCAGGACAAGGUAGCCACGAUUCAACAACAAAUGCUGCAGUUCAAUCAACAGAGGUAAGAAAGACAUUUGGUUUGGUUUUUUCCACUUAGUUUUGUGAAGGUGCCAAAUCCAUUACAAAUUCCUUCAUUAAGUGGUGUGCGUGUCUCUGUGGCUAUUCUGUCAUUUAUUAAUUGUAUUUGCAUUCUUCAAGAUUCUAUAACUCAGGAGACACCAUGAACAUUCACUUGCGAAAAGCCUUCCUAGAUUUUGAUACAAGCUUGUGAGUACUUAAAAAUACCUUCCAAUGUUUUGCUUUUAUUACUUAAAGCUCUUCUAGUUAGUAAUUGUUGAAAAAUUGUUCAUAAGUAAGUCUUUCACCUUCAGUAUAUCCCUUUUUUGCCCUUGCUUAGGAGUGGUAGAAUUUCUAUUGAAGACCUUAAAUCUGUUUUGGCAAAACUUGGAAUCGACAUGGAGGAAAAAACCCUAGGAAAACUCAUUGAAAUGUAAGUGGAAAGUAAAUGUUUGUGCUUACUUUACUCUAGCCUCCGUUCCAAAUUCAGCAUGUCCAGAGUGAGGAAUAAAACUUCAUGACAAACCUAAUCAGGGCAUUAACGGUUUAUAUCGCAGGUGCGAUGCUGGUCGUACUGGUUUCGUGGACUACGAAGAAUUUUCGAAAUAUUUGACGAAAGAUGCUCUAAUUAGUCUUGGAAAUAAACCAUCAGAGACUUCAGUGAUGAAGACGGAUUUCUGUUCACCGGAACAAAGAAGGUAGAUAAUUUAGCCGGUUCUAAACACCAGCUUUUCAGGAUUCAUGAUCUCGCUGUAGUUACUGUGUACAUGUCUAUCCACAGACUCAGUUCUGCUCAGCUGCGUACGAUAGAAAUGGCUAAGAAGAUCGCACCAAUGAAGGUGAACUCGCAUUACUUCCACGAGCAUCACUCGGGAGGUAUGUAUUAUUGAAGAAAUGUAAAAUGGUUUCCGUGUUUACAUAGCCUGAUGUAAACACGCGGGAGGUUGGGAGAACACGAGAUAAGCGUAGGAAACCACGACGCGAAGCGGAGUGGUUUCCAGCUCAUCGAGUGUUCUCCCAACCUCCCAAGUGUUUACAUCAGGCUAUGUAAACACGGAAACCAUUUUACAUAAUAUAUUAGUUUCAAACCUUAAGAGCUGUUAUUUCAAACCCUCUUCUCUACUUCUCUCGGUAGCACCUCGUCUCUCAACCACGGCUCAGGAUUUCGUCCGACCUGACAGAAGGCCAGGUAGAUGAAUUUUUAUUCUUGCAUGCUCUGAAGAUUGGGAGUGUUUUGUGCCCUGUUCUGUUUAUAUUAAGACCGUUUAUUCUUUAAGUGUUUGUCAUAUCGUGC